AUCAGUCUGAUGAGGUUUCCAAGGUUCGUUAGAACAAUUCGCGUCGAUCCUUCGUCCGAUCAGGUCGUACACUGACGAACAAGUGUAACUUUGGACAUUCUUAUCACGAGUCGGCGAGAUCUGGCUCAAAAGUACGUUGACAUGAUUAAUACGACUAUAUUCAAAUCAGCCUUCAUUUUGCUGGCCUUGCUGUAUCAGGCGAUGAGUCACCCGUUAGAUACGGACGCGGGAGUUGAAUCUUCCAAAUUCUCGGCGGAAGAGAUAACGGCGAUAAGGCCAAGCGUCGGGGGUGAUCAUUACGAUCAACGACAAAACGGAACGAAAAAUUUUCGCAUUCACGUCGACGGCGUCGUUAUCGUUGUGGCCCCGGCGGAAGCGCUUCUCCUCGCUGGAGAACUGGAUCCAUCUAUACUCGGUUUUGGACAGGAGGGAAUCGACGCCCCCUUGAAGCCGGAAACUGCUAGUACGGAAUCGCACAAACCAUUAACGAUCGAGGAGACCCAAAAGCCGAUUAAAAAAAAAUUUAUCCACAGUCACAACUUACGACUGAGCAGCCUACUCGGACCAAUUCUACGGAGCAUUUCACCUUAAAGAUGUCGAUAGUCUGGUGUUGAUGCACCCGAUCAGUUGCCGUCUUCGCGAGUAAUUAUAAAUAUCCGUCAUGGUGUAUUGUCAAGGCGUGCCGCUAAUCGUGAGUGUUUAUUGACGGGGACAUCUGACACAGACGGUAGAGACCGAUCCACACCGCUCAACACGGCGUGAGGAUUGAAAUUACCCCGAGCAACCUGUGUCAGCGGUAGACUUCAUCAACUACUCACGAUACACUACAAUUUUUGUACCGAAUAGAUUCUAUACGCAUAGGUGUCAAUGUGUAACUGCAAUUCGAAAUAAAUUUGUGAGCAUGUUCAAUACAGUAA